AUGAUCAGACUGAUCAAGAUAUUUGCCCUCGUUGAAGUGGUGCUGGGCAUCACCUCCAACGCCCAAGGGCAGCCCCUGGCGCAAGUUCGACGAGCAAGCGCGCAACGAUUUUCAUCCGAGCUUCGCACGAGUCCCUCUCUCGCCCUACCGGUAGCUGCUAGAGGCACCUCCUGGAAGCCUCAAAAGCAGCAGCAGCAGCAGCAGCAGCAGCAGCAGCAGCAGCAGCAACGACUUCAACGACGUUUUCUAGGCAAGCUUUUUUCUUGCUUUACAGGAGGGGCGUGCAAAAAGACGGUCAAAAGUCCGGAACAUUCUCACAGGUGGUACGAAGAGCAGACGAUUCCGGACAUGACGCCUCACGACGAUCACUCCAUGGUCGGCAUGACGCCAGUGAUGUUUAGGAACAAGAUCAGGUAUCCCACUAGCCUUAGACCGACGGUCAGAGAUUAA